AUGGCGUCGUCCAGCCCCGUGCGUGGGUUGCUGUUCGUGACCAUGCAGCCCAAGGAGACACUGUCGCUGGACCUUUUUCACGACUGGUACAACAACGAACACGGCCCCAAUCGAACUCGUCUGUCGUUCAUGCCAAAUGGGUUUCGAUACCGUGCCACCGAUCUGCCAGGCCCCAACGCCGGCACGCGCGCCGACCCCGAGUUCCUGGCCAUCUACGACGCCACCGACAUGCACCAGUUCACCCAGCAGCCGUACCAGUAUCUCCGGGCGCCGCCUGGCAAGUCGCAGCGAGAGAUCGACGUCAUGGCCCAGAUCUGGGUGGACCGUCUGACGCUGGAUUUUGUCGGCGAACAGAUCAACGACAAGACGUUCGUCAAACUCGAAGCACCAGAACAUUUCCGCGAGAACGAAGAGGGCAAUGUUCUGACCACUCUCCGGUUGCUCCUCACUCCAGAGCAGGUCUCGAGCGUGGGAGAGUGGAUUGAGACGACUGUCCUCCCCAAGGUGCGAGACAUCCCCGGCUGGAGGAGGACGUCGUGGUUCAAGACCUCCUAUCUCGAAACCCGCACCGACGGCAAGGUCGAUUUUGUCAUGAUCAACGAAUACACGCCGUCCACCAACCCCAAGGCCCUGCCCGCCCUGUUUGACGCGCUGCCCGUGGAGGUCUCGCAGAGCAAGGCCCGCACAUAUGAACUCUUCUACACCUUUGGAACGGCAGCACGCCACCUAGCAAUCGUAGCAUCGUGGACGUCGCCCGACGGAGUCACCAAGACGCUACCAAAGGUCUCACCGUACGGCUCGGCCAUCGAAUCGACGAUCACGACACGCGAUGGUGCAGUCCUGCCCUUCCGUCUCGAAGGCAGCUCCGACCCCAGCGCGCCGGUGCUGGUGCUGAUCAAUUCGGUCCUCACGACCUGGGCCAUCUGGGACAGGUUCCUCGUGCACUUCUUUUCUCGCCCGCAGAACCAGAAGUACCGCGUCCUGCGGUUCCUCGCCCGCGGCAGGAUCUCCCACAGCGGCACCACCAGUCCCGUGACUGCCGACCUCCAAGCGUCCGACGUCAUCCAGCUGCUUGACGGCCUGCGCAUUCCUCAAGCAGCAGGCCUCGUGGGUGUGUCCAUGGGUGGCGCCACCGCGCUGGCAACGGCCCUGCUCUACCCGUCGCGGACUCAGGCCUUCAUCGCGUGCGACACGUCCGCAAAGUCCCCCGCUGGCAACAAAGACACCUGGGGCCAGAGGAUCGCGGUGGCGGAGAAAGAGGGCACCACGCUUCGUCUGGCGACGCUGUUUGGGGAUGAGUCCCCAGACGCCACUCCACAACCCGUGGUGGGCGAAGAGCUCGCCGAGAUGACGGUGCGGCGGUGGUUCGUGCCGGCGUCCUACGACGACCCGGAGCUCGUGCCCGAGAUCGCGCAGGUCAAGCGCAUGGUCUACACUAACUCGCUGCCGGAGUUCCGGCGCGGCGUCGAGACGCUGUUCAACUACGACUACACGGGUCUCCUGGCCGGGUACAAGGGGCGAGGCGCCUUCUUGGUCGGCGCCGGCGACGGCGUGCUACCCCAGGGCAUGGAGAAGCUGGCGAAAGAGCUGGGCUCGGCCGAGGGGAAGACGGCGGCAUUCAAGGUCGUCGAGGGCGCGGGCCAUUUGCCCAUGGUCGAGAGACCCAAGGAGGUGGCGGACUUUGUGGGGGACUUUUUGAACGCCUCCUGA